AUGGCCACCAACAUCAGCACCACCUUCCUCAUAAUGUCCGACUCGCACGGGAAACAACUACUCUCAAAACCCCCUGCAGAGCACAUCGACGUGGCCAUCCACUGCGGCGAUCUCACACAAGAAUCGAAACUCGACGAAUUCAAAACCACACUCCGGCACCUCCAAGACGUCAACGCAGACUUGAAAUUAGUCAUCGCCGGAAACCACGAUUUUACCUUAGAUGUCCCGGCAUUUGAAAGCAUAGUCAGAAAUACACGGCCGCCUUUAGAGCCAGAACUGGUCCGAAAAACAUACGGCGACUACGGCUCGUAUGAAUUCAAACUUCGGAAUGGUGCUUUGCUGCGAGUAUAUGCGAGUCCGUAUACGCCAUCGUUGGGCCAUCGCUUUGAUAUUCCGGAGGAUGUUGAUGUGGUGAUUACUCAUGGGCCUCCGAAAGGAAUCCUGGAUUAUACGGGAUCACAACAGAGGGCCGGUUGUCCGCAUCUGUUUCAGGCCAUUGCUCAUGCAAGGCCGCGUCUACACUGUUUUGGGCAUAUCCAUGAAGGAUGGGGAGGGAAAUUGGUGACAUGGAGAAGGCAUGUAGCAUCGGACCUACCACCUUCGCAUUUCACGCAUAUUGAUCAUGCAAGAUCAACGCUAUUAGGUAGCCUUGCCGGGUUGAGUGAUGCACGGCAGGACAGGGACUUGGAUCUUUUCACGGCUGACUAUGAUUUCUCUGAACAGGAGCCGCAAACAUUGUUCCUUAAUGUGGCCCUCCAGGGGACCCCCGAGAUGGGUCAGAUACCGUGGGUUACAAAGAUUCCGCUCCCACGUGUGAAGACGUGA